AUUACAUCUCACUUCCUUAUUGAAAGACGGUGAAGUGCAUGCUGCCAUUUGCUGCCAUUUUUAUUCUACAAUGGCUUUAAGAUGGAUGCUCGUAUUCGUUCUUCUUUUAGACAGCACAGUGUCCUGCUCUGAAAACACACUGUUUGUGCAGACAGGAGGAUCUGUUACACUGUAUAUACAGACACAUGAACUACCAGAGUUUGAUGAAUUAGUCUGGAAGAAUGAGAAAUCAGAGAAUAUAUUCAAAUAUAUAAGUGCAACUAAAACAGCAAGACUUCACCCUUUCUACACGAACAGAACGGAUUUCAAUAAUGAAACGUUUUCUCUGACAUUGAAGAACAUGCAGAAGACAGACAGUGGAGUUUACACAGCCAGUACAAGUGGAGAUUUAACCAAAGAUGUGGCGAAACACAGAGUAUCUGUUAUGGAUCCAGUGGAAGCUCCUGUCCUAUCUGAAAACAUCUGUAGCUUUACAUGUAAAGGACAUAAUUUUACAAUCAGCUCCACUUACAAUAACAGCUGUUUUCAAGAGGAAGUGAGAUCAUCUGGAAACUACACUCUAAGCUUGUAUUGCAGUGGUGACUUUAUCAUCUGUAACCAUAGCAACCCAGUUAGUUGGAGGAAUGAUACAAAGGAAGUUAAUGAAUCCUGCAUUGUUAAUAAAGACACAAGCACUGGACCGCAAUCUGAGUAUAUCUCUUGGUUAAUUCCCCUUAUUGUCGUAUUGGCUUUGAUUGUGGCAGUGGUCGUCUUCUAUUCCUAUAGGAAUAAAAAAGGUAUCUAA